AUGAGCAAGGUCUUCUGCAUCCAAAACGAUCUAAUCUCCAAGUGCUACAUAAACGAAGGCCAGGAGUUCGCAGAAGAAGCGUCAAACACCACCAAUGCAGACAAUGCACCAGCCAAAGGAAACACAGACAAUGCAUCAAUCGCCACAUGCAUCACGGACAAUGCAUCAGCUGUCACAGGCACCACAGACACUGUCUCAAUGACAACAACAGAUUCAAUGACAACCACAGAUACUGUCUCAAUCGCCAACAGCGAGGUAUCUUCAAUGACCCGGGACAAACAAAGCCACCCUCAUUGCCUAAUCCCCGGUUUCAACACUUCCAGGCCCAGCUCAGCAGGAGACACGCAGAGCUCAAUCUCGCGGGACAGAAGCGGAAGCGUCGAUCUGGACCGAGUGAACUCGACAGCCGAAACGGCAGUGUCCUCUGACUGCCCAUCCACAUCCAGCAGUCAUAUGAUCAGUCCCAACGUUGUUUCAAAUCCAUCAGCAUUCGCCUCGCCAUUUGCGGUCGGGCAUAUACACAACUUCGAGACGAAAAUAUGGUCUUCUGGAAUGAAACAGAAGGGGUCCGGGUACAAGUAA